AUGGACAUCGCCUCUCAACCACUAACUGGUCGCCAAACGGCACUGGGAAAGGAAAAGAAGUCUCGAAGCAAAAGUCUGGGACCUGGAGGUUUAGAUGCACUUCAAGCUUCAAACGGAAACCGACGAAAGUCUGCCGCCGUGUUUCCGCUAAAGUCGAUUCUCAAACCUACAGCCCCCGUAUCCCCAGUACGAAAUAUUCCGACAUUUGAAGAAACGCGCAGGAAAACACCAGCCCGUGGAGCGAAGGGUCAGGAAUCCAGCAGCGGCUCAGCGCAAGAAGGCCUUUUGAUCGAUCUCGACACGCCCGCCCAGAAAACCGCUGCUAACUCGGAAGACCAAACGAACCCAUUCGAUACGUUUGACGCUGAUACCAUUCGCAAUGAGAUGGCUGCUGCAAGGGAACAGGAGGAGAAAGAAAGGCGUGAAAGGGAAAGAAAAGCGGCUUUGGAACACAGAGAAGCUCGGCGCAAGUCGAUGGCCAACCGUCGUGUAUCUUUUGCGCCUGAGGCGACAUUGCAUACGUGGAAUGUGGUGGAAAUUCCCGACGACUCGACAUCCUCAUCUGCUUCCAAUUCUACUCGACGUGCAUCUGCGUUGUCUAACGCCCAGAACCAACCUGCGCAUACCCCGAAACAAGUCGAUCCUUCGAGCUCGCCCGAGAUCGAUGCCGAGUCGGAUAUUGCCUUCUCCCCAGUUCAGUACCCUGAUCUGGAGCGACUUAGAAAUCCGCCGCCUAGUGGAGGCUAUGAUGGAGUUGGCUCCUCUCAAGAUAUGUUCUCGAGUCCUUUUAGUGGGAGCGACAAUAGCGAGGAUACGGGACUGCAUUCCGCUUCUAGGGAUGACGACGAUGACGACGACAAUGAUGACGACGAUAGCUCUAUAGCCUCCGGCUUUGAGGGUGAAAGCACCGCGAUGAGCCUGGACGAUACUGCCCACUCCCGAGUGACCGCCCAAACAGAUGGAUCCGAAUCCACUUCAGGCACCCAUCGCUUGAAUGAAGCUUUACGACAGGCGGGAACUCGGGGCGUCGAUGACGAGGAUGAUGAGGAUGUAUCCAUGGAGAUUGCUGAUCAGGAGAUUACUGGCGCCUUUCAGCCUUGGAUAAAAAAGGGAGAAAGGCAGAGCUUCGAUUGGGAAGAUAUCAGCGCGCGGCACGACCAGGAAAAUGUUCAGCCCUCCAAACCUUCGAAUUUUGGUCUCUCGGAGGCGGGUAGCGAUAACGGUGACGAGGAUCUUAGCAUGGAAGUGACCAAUGCCAUUGGAGGCAUCAUCCCCAAUUCGCGUCAGAGUAUCGGCCGUCGCAGGUCAAUCGCGGAGGAAACGAACUACGAAGAGCAGACCAUGGAACUCACCAAUGUGGUGGGAGGUAUCGCGCAACCCGGUUCGCCAACGAAGUCAGUUGAUGCCAACAGCGAGAUGGACAAUGAUGAGGAGAUGACGAUGGAAUUCACGUCGGUUGUUGGAGGAGUUCUGAAUAAGAUCGCGCCUCAAAAUGUCGACGAGAACCAUAGCACACCAGCCCAAGACCGAGAUGAUUCCGAGUGGAACAACCCUGAUGGCGAAAUAGAAGACGGUGUUGAUAUGGAGAUAACGGGAGCGGUUGGUGGUAUACUCCCACCUGCCCCGGAGGAAGUCGGAUCCGACGACGAAGACCAAACCGCAGGCAUGGAUUUUACUGCGGCUAUGGGCAAGAUAUUGACGCCUGAACGCGCGAGCCCGGAUAAGGCAGAAUCGCAAACUGGCAGCUCUCCUUUCCAAGACACUGUCAAAGCGUCCCCAGCUAAAUCACCGCCAAAGUCGCCGGCAACCUUUCACGUCACCGCUGUCGCUUCUGAAAGUGGCAGCCCCAGUUUGGCUAGUGUCAGGUCAAGACCUACGAGACAGAGUUUGAGCCGUACAACCCCAUCGACGCCGACACCGGUGACCCCCGAAGAAUCGCUCUCUAAAGAAGCCUCGAACCUUCCCAUACAAUCGGCUCCAGUAGAACAACCCUCUACUCCAGUACCGUCAUCGCCCUCUAGAAGCGAUGGCAUUCGCAGCACAUCGCCGAAGAAACUAUUUCAGCCCGAGAUCCAGGCAUCAGACGGCCAACAGAAAUCUCCAGGUCGAAGAAGCCUCUUUGGCUCCAAUGCGACGGGAACGUCUACUCCUCUAUUUGUCCUUCGGCCUCCAGGAGCGAGACGCUCCUCAGGCCUUGGGAUCGACAGAGAAGGACUUGGAUCUCCAAAAGUUGCAGCGAUGCUUGACAAACGGCGCUCCAUUGGUGAGGAAGCUGGUGACUUUGUCCCACGACCACAAGGGGUGCGUUUUGAGGAUCCUAUCAAGCUUCAAGAGGAAGUUGAUCGGGAACGCGAGGAAGAGGAAAGCCGGGAAGACGGUCAUAUUCAGCCUCCAGACCCUACCGCGAAUCUGAGAGAUAUGAUCUCAAGCCUCACGCCGAAGAAGAAUAAGCUCCGCGGCCGCAAGAGUCUUCAUGUCGGCGCUGCACGAGGAAUUCUUGGCAAGCGCCCGGCGGAGCUAGACAUAGAUGACGAAGAUGAAGGGGAGAACACCCCGAAGCGGUUGCGGCGCCGCGAGGAUAUGAGUCCUGUGAAGAACGUCAGACUUCCUCCUCCUCCGAGCAAGGAAGAAACAGUUGGUCGUGCCCGAUCGCCGGUUCGCAAGUCCAUGGCAGCAUCUCCCUCAAAGCUUAGCACAACGCCGACUCAAGAACCAAGGGUAGCUGCUUUGGCGAACGCUGCGCAAGAUGAGUCAGUAACUGCCUCACCAGAGGUUGUCAUGUCCGCUGAAGGUGCUGGUGAUGAUAAUCCUGAGCCGGAAGUUGAACCAAUACAACUGCAAGAGUUCUUGAACAUGACCAAUAUUCACUUCAUGGAACUUACGACCACUAAGAGACGACACACAACAGCGCCUGAUAGCAUCAGCAAAAGGGCAGCUAGGCUAUCUCUUGAGGGUGAUGGCAAGUCCAGUGCUGCUAACUUUGAUGACUGUGUGGCUGCCGGCUUCUGUACUGUGCCAAUGUUGGAGUUGUACCAGCAUUCCUGCCGAGAGUUGAAAUCAUACAUCUCCGAAGGUCGUCAGAUAAUUCGAUCCAUAGAGACCGAAACCUAUGCCGACAAUCCGCCCCUGUUCCGGGAAUAUAUGACCGCUGCGCCUGACAUCCGUUUGCUGAUGGACAACCAGUUUCGGAACGUCAAAACCCACACCAGACUGCUGAGCAAAGCUACAUGGUACGAGUGGCGUAUGAAGCUCCUUGAGGGUUUGAAGGAGGGCUUGGAUCGACACAUGGAGGAGAUGAAGGGGGAUGAUAAUCUCUUGUCAAAACAUGAAACGAUCUUGAACGAGGCCAUGCCUGUCCUCUCCACGAAGCAUGCGACGCUAAAGGAAGAAGCUACACAGUUGCAGCAACUGGCAGAUGAACUCGAGAACUGUGACCAGGAUGAGCUCUGGAAUGCGCGGAACAAGCUUGUGGACUUGGAGGAGGAGAUCGAAGCCCAGAAGAAGCUGCUGGCAGAAUUGCAAACGCAAGUACAGGACAAUACAGAUACCAUAGAAACAGGCGCGGAGCUCAAGGCAGAAUUCACGGCUCAAAUCCAGGAGGCUGAAAGAGUCAAGGAAGAAUGCCGUGGAUGGAGCGCCAAGGAAAUCCGUGAACUGAAGGACUCCGUCCAUCGCAUUGAGCAGCAGACAGGGUGGUCUAUUAGUUCGGCAUCUUCCUCGGAAGCAGGCCCUAUGGUGACCAUGUCUUACCGACAUCAACUCCAAGUCAAGUUCCACCCCGGUUCAUUUUGCAUUGAGGGCGAGAACAGAGACUCUUCACCGCAAAAGGACAACACGCCGGUAGAGCUGGGCUAUCACCCCGAGAACGAGGGAAAAUCAAUCCAAACGCGUCCGCUCUCACCUAUCGUGCUACUCAUCCUGAAAUCCCUGCAAACCCACAUCGCCACGAUUAAUCAAUCAAAGGUCACCUCAAAACAGCUUCUACGCUUCGUCUCAACAGCCUGGGACCUCGCGACAAAAGCUGAAGAGGAAGCUCGUAUGCUUGGAUUUCACGGCGUCACCAACCUCCGACUCUCCGAGAUUGAAAGGCCCUCUCUUCGAGCGCGAUGCACUCUCCUCGGAACCGUCCCUCUUCCAACCGAGUCUAACUCGUCAUCAAAGUCCGAGAACAAGAGUAACGGGAAGAGUCGAAUUGACGUCGACUUUGCCGUGACAACGCGCAUUGUAGACACGAACGACGAGAAUGCACUCGGCGUCCUGGAUAUCCAGACCGAGGUCAUCGCUAGCAAAGUCUACGGCUUCGGGACGGAUAACACUACCGGACUCUCUGAGAAAGAGAUGCGCAGCAUCCUGAGCAAGGAGCUCAAGGCAUCGAACAAAACAGGCGUUAAGUUCGGGAGCGGAAUCUGGAGUAAGGCGGUCCAGACGCUUGAGGGGAAGGUGUUCUAG